UUAUCUUGUGAUCUUAUCCAAAGCGUGAGGACGAAGGUCUACUUGUAGCAUCUCCUGCGUUAGAUUACCGACUGACCAAGAAACCUUAUCUACUAAUCUCUGUCCAUAGCUCUCUAAAGCAUAUAUUCAUUUUCCAGUUCUUCUGCUGGGCCCAGAUGUUAUAUAUCUUUCUUAUCCUGUGAAUUUUUUCUCUGUUUGUUUUUGAGUGACUUCAGUUAUGGCAGCCGUAAUCCCAUGCCAUUUUUGUUCUUCUCUAGCUAAUUCCAAGCUCGAAAUCAGCCCCGUUUUACCCAGAAAGCAUUUUGGCUUCGCAAACAAUUUCCACGUCAAUGCUGCUUGGUGGGCUAGAAGAACAGCACGCAGAUGUUCUCUUAGAAACUCCCAUCAACCUCAAUUCAAUGAUAAACAAAAAGGGAAGCCGUUUUCGUUAAAGGAAUGUGCAAUUUCUCUUGCUUUGGCGGUUGGGUUGAUUACAGGAGUACCUUCAUUGGAUUGGUCUAGUAUUGCAUAUGCAGCUAGUCCUGCAUUGCCUGAUCUUUCAGUAUUAAUAUCUGGACCGCCCAUUAAGGACCCGGGAACAUUGUUAAGAUAUGCUCUUCCAAUUGAUAAUAAAGCUAUAAGGGAAGUUCAAAAACCACUUGAAGAUAUCACAGAUAGUCUCAAGAUUACUGGUGUCAAGGCACUUGAUUCUGUGGAGAGAAAUGUGAGGCAGGCAUCUCGAGCCCUUAAGCAGGGGAAGAGUUUGAUUAUCUCAGGCUUGGCUGAAUCAAAGAAGGACCAUGGAGUGGAACUCCUUGACAAGCUAGAAUCUGGAAUGGAUGAGCUUCAACAGAUGGUUGAGGAUAGGAACAGAGACGCAGUGGCACCUAAACAGAAGGAGCUGCUUAAUUAUGUUGGAGGUGUUGAAGAGGAUAUGGUGGAUGGCUUCCCUUAUGAAGUGCCUGAAGAGUACCAAAGUAUGCCUCUCUUGAAGGGUAGAGCAGCUGUGGAUAUGAAGGUCAAGGUUAAAGACAAUCCUAAUAUAGAGGAGUGUGUGUUCCGCAUUGUUCUAGAUGGUUACAAUGCUCCUGUAACUGCUGGGAACUUUGUAGACUUGGUGGAAAGGCACUUCUAUGAUGGCAUGGAAAUCCAGAGAGCGGAUGGUUUUGUUGUCCAAACUGGGGAUCCUGCAGGUCCUGCUGAGGGUUUUAUUGAUCCUAGUACGGAGAAAACUAGGACUGUACCAUUGGAAAUCAUGGUGAAUGGGGAGAAAACACCGUUCUAUGGGGCAACUUUGGAGGAACUUGGUUUAUACAAGGCUCAGACAAAGCUUCCAUUCAAUGCAUUUGGAACAAUGGCCAUGGCCAGAGAUGAGUUUGAGAACAACUCAGCUUCAAGCCAGGUAUUUUGGCUGCUGAAAGAAAGUGAACUGACUCCCAGCAAUGCAAACAUAUUGGACGGCCGUUAUGCUGUUUUUGGUUAUAUAACAGAAAAUGAGGAUUAUUUGGCUGAUCUUAAGGUUGGUGAUGUGAUAGAAUCCAUGCAAGUGGUUUCCGGUCUGGAUAAUUUAGUUAAUCCAAGCUAUAAAAUUGCUGGCUAGGCCUCAGACAUAUUUUAGGCAAUUAUAUGGUGAAUGAGAGUCUGUUGAGCUCUCCCAAAAGAAUUAGCUGAUGAAGGUACAAUGUUGUGUGUUGGGCAGAUUUCAAAAUUGUCAUUUGUGCCAUUGUUCAGAAAUCUUUCAUUCUUGAAGAUUCUAGUGUUGCGUUGAGAAUGUGCUUUAUUAAUGUUGAUGACUCCAAGAUUGAUUCA